AUGGAGAUGAAGAACUUGUUCAUGGCUUCACGUCCGGUUCUGGCCAUGUUACUAUUACAGGCCUUGGGUACAGCAAUGCAACUACUUCUGAAAGUUGCAUUGAACAAAGGUGCCUUUGUUUACGCUUUCGUGGUCUAUCGUCAUGCUAUUGCUACUGUUUGUGUUGCACCCCUUGCUUUCUUCUUUGAAAGGAACAAAGAAAAGAAGCUGACUUUUGAAGUUUGGUUUUGGCUCUUCAUGAAUGCAAUAACCGGAGUAACAAUGGCAGUGGGGCUAUUUUACUAUGGUGUACGAGAUACCACUGCGACAUUUGCUUCCAAUAUGAUCAAUUUAGUUCCCAUUAUUACCUUUGCUUUCUCCACUGUUUUUGGGAUUGAGAAACUGCUAUUGAAAACCAAGGCUGGUAAGAUGAAAAUUGCAGGGACAAUCAUUUGCUUAGUCGGAGCAUUAAUUACUAUUUUGUACAAGGGAAAAUCAUUCCAUAUUGGACAUGUUCACAUGUUGGAGAAUAGCAUCAUAAAAAAAAGGACACAUUGGGCUCGUGGGACGGUGAUGCUUCUGUCUAGUUGCUUGUCACUUGCAAUUUGGUAUAUAGUUCAGGUUGAGUUACUCAAAGUAUUUCCAUUAAAAUAUUGGGGAACGAUGUUAACAUUUAUUAUAGCUGCAGCACAAUCAACUGUGAUGGGCUUAUGCUUAAAUAGAAGCAAGGCUGCUUGGCAGCUAGAAUGGAAUCUGCAACUAGCCACAAUAAUCUAUUCAGGAGCAGUGGUGACACCUGCAAUUUUCCUCUUGGUUUCUUGGACAGUUAAAAAGCGAGGCCCCACUUUCCCCUCUGUGUUCAACCCCCUCGCACUAAUUGCUGUGGCAUUUUCAGAAGCUCUCAUUUUUGGUGAAGAGAUCAGCCUCGGGAGCUUGCUGGGCAUGUCUAUAGUUAUAGCUGGUUUGUAUUCCUUUCUGUGGGGAAGGAGACAGGAGCCAGUAGUCUUGCCUCGACCAAGUGGGGCUGCAAGAGAAGUAUCACGAGUUCCUGAAUCUGCAGGGCUGUAA